AUGAAGAUUUAUAAGUAUUUUAGUGAAUAUUUUUCAGGAGCACCAAACUUCACCUGUGAGAUUUGUGGGAAGAGAUAUAAACACCAACCGAGUUUAAGCAGACAUAAGAACUACGAAUGUCAAAAGACUGCUGUUUUUGGAUGCGAUUUGAACUUUACGUGCGCCACGUGUGGAAAAAAGUACAAACACUCUAGGUCCCUGAGGAAACACGAGCGAUUUGAGUGCCAAAAGGAACCGCAAUUUUCCUGCAUAUACUGUCCAUACAAAGCAAAACUUAGAGGUAACCUCAGGAAACAUAUAAUGGUAAAACAUAGGGAACAAUGGACCUCAGGGGCUGCCAAAAUAUAUGUGGAGAAGUAUAAGAAGAACAAUCACCAGAGCAGUGGUAGUAUCAGCGAUGUUAAGAGUGAAAAUGAAUGUGAAUAAUGUACUGUCUAAGACACGAUUAUACUGAGAGCUUCUGAAAUGGCAAUGAUGCAUUUGAUGUCUGUGAUUACAAAAUUAAAAUUUUGUGGAAUAUUGUGUGUCCUUUUGAAUCACGCCAAUGGGCGAAGAAGAAUUCACGAAUUAUUACAAAAUCAAAAUA